CGCACGGUGGGUCCCUGGCUUUUUCCCCCUCUUCUUUUUCUCCAUCUCCAACAGAAGAAAAUGAAUCAAAAUGUAAUCCGAAGAAAACUGUAAUUAAACCAUGGAGGAAUUCUCAACUGGCACCGAGCCGCGAGUGCCGGCGGUGAAGCCGGACUCUAACCCAUCUUCCUUCGAGGAAGUUCCGCCGCUGCUCGAAGCAGCCACUGACGUCACCGCCGCCGCUGCUGUUGAAGUUGCGGAGGUGGACAAGGACUUGUCGUGUCCGAUUUGUAUGCAGAUAAUUAAGGACGCCUUUCUAACGUCUUGCGGCCACAGCUUUUGCUACAUGUGUAUUAUUACUCAUCUUCGAAACAAGAGCGAUUGCCCUUGUUGCUCUCAAUUUCUCACUAAUAAUCAGCUUUUCCCUAACUUUUUGCUCGAUAAGCUAUUGAAGAAGACUUCAUCUCGUCAAAUAUCAAAAACUGCAUCCCCUGUGGAACAGUUUCGUCAGGCAUUACAGCAGGGUUAUGAAGUUUCAAUUAAGGAACUGGACAACCUCUUGUCCCUCCUCGCAGAGAAGAAGAGAAAAAUGGAACAGGAAGAAGCUGAGAGAAAUAUGCAAAUACUGCUGGAUUUCUUAAACUGCUUGCGGAAACAAAAAGUUGAUGAACUGAAUGAGGUACAAUCUGAUCUGCAGUUUAUUAAAGAGGAUAUAAAUUCUGUGGAAAGACAUAGAAUAGAUUUGUAUCGUGCAAGAGAUAGGUACUCUGUGAAAUUGCGGAUGCUUGGAGAUGAUUCUGGCACAGGAAAGCCAUGGCCUUCAUCCAUAGACAAGAACAGUAGUGGAAUUGUCUCUAGUUCCCUUAAUGUCAGAGGAGGGAUGUCUGCAGGAUAUCUUCAAAACAAGAAAAUAGAUGGAAAGGCUCAGGUGAGUGGCCAUGGACCUCAGAGAAAGGAUGCCUUAAGUGGAGCAGACUCACAAGGUUUCAAUCAAUCUGGUCUGUCUAUUGCAAGAAAAAAGCGGGUUCAUGUCCAGUUCAAUGACCUACAAGAGUGUUACCUGCAAAAGCGACGUCAGUCGGCAAACCAACUACAUGUUAAACAGGAAAGUGAUAAAAAUGUCAUUCACAGAGAGGGUUAUAAUGCAGGUCUUGCAGAUUUUCAGUCAGUGCUGAGUACUUUUACUCGGUACAGUCGACUUAGAGUUAUUGCGGAACUGAGGCUUGGGGAUAUCUUUCAUUCAGCCAAUAUAGUAUCAAGCAUAGAAUUUAAUCGUGAUGAUGAGUUGUUUGCUACUGCUGGAGUGUCUCGGCGCAUUAAGGUUUUUGAUUUCUCUAUGGUCCUAAACGAUCGAGCAGAUGUACACUGUCCUGUUGUGGAGAUGUCAACACGUUCUAAACUUAGUUGCUUGAGUUGGAACAAGUAUUCAAAGAAUCAUAUAGCUAGUAGUGAUUAUGAGGGAAUAGUAACCGUGUGGGAUGUAAAUACCCGUCAGAGUCUGAUGGAAUAUGAAGAACAUGAAAAACGAGCAUGGAGUGUUGAUUUCUCACGGACAGAACCCUCAAUGCUUGUAUCUGGUAGUGAUGAUUGCAAGGUGAAAGUUUGGUGCACAAAGCAGGAAGCCAGUGUUCUUAAUAUUGACAUGAAAGCCAAUAUAUGUUGCGUCAAGUAUAAUCCUGGAUCUAGCAAUUACAUUGCGGUUGGUUCAGCAGACCAUCACAUCCAUUAUUAUGAUUUAAGAAACAUCAGUAGUCCACUCCAUGUGUUCAGUGGGCACAAGAAAGCUGUCUCGUAUGUGAAAUUCUUGUCUGAAAAUGAACUUGCUUCUGCCUCUACAGACAGCACACUAAGAUUGUGGGAUGUAAAGGAGAGCUUGCCGGAUCUUUUCCAUAUGGUAACUCGAUAUCAUCUGGUGCACUUGCAGCUUCGUACUUUUAGAGGCCAUACAAAUGAGAAAAAUUUUGUGGGUCUCACUGUAAACAGUGAAUAUAUCGCAUGUGGCAGUGAAAAAAAUGAAGUGUACGUGUACCAUAAGGAAAUCUCGAAACCUGUAACAUGGCAUAGAUUUGGUUCACAGGACAUGGAUGAUGCAGAUGAAGACGCUGGAUCGCACUUCAUCAGUGCGGUAUGCUGGAAGAGUGAUAGCCCUACCAUGCUAACUGCUAACAGUCAGGGAACGAUAAAAGUUCUCGUCCUUGCGGCUUGAUAAAAUUUAAAAAAAAAAAAAAAUUGAAGAGGAGAAAAUUAGUGGUGAAAUCUGUUGCCCCAUUCUUUUUUUGUUUUAGUAUCAGUUGACACUUGUAAAUAUAUAUAUAUAUAUAAAUAUAUAGUGAAAGCUGUAGAGGCCACAGUUCUAAAUCUAUAUAUACCGAAAGUUUCCGCGUGUGAAUCAAAUAUUCAGGUUUGUGGCUUA